GAGGAGAGAAGGUACUAGCGCUGCUGCACAACAAGCAACCAGUCUAGAGUGAAACUGUGGUGCAGAACAAUAAAACCCGAACUAACGCAGGUUGCAUUAAAACUAAUCAUUUGUAACGACUUCCCCUUUGGAUAUAGCAGCUAAAGAAGAACGUGGACGGCUGAGAAACACACUGAAGGUAUCAUGGCCGCCCUGUUUGCUGAGCUGCCCUCCUAGAUGUCACUGAUAUUUAGAAAACCUUACCCAAACAACCCUGUAAUCCACACACCAACAAUGACAACCUCCCAUCUGAACGGCCAUGUCGCUGGAGAGGGAGGGGGAGGGGGAGGAGAUGAAGAGCUGAGGGGAGGACAGCAUAGGGAGAUGGCUGUGGACUGUCCAGGAGAGCUGGGGAGUCGAACACUACCGGUCAGAAGAUCUGCACAGCUGGAGAGGAUACGACAGCACCAGGAGGAUCUGCGUCGCCGCAGAGAGGAGGAGGGUCGGCAGCUGGACCUGAACUCCUCCAUCAGACUCAGGAAGCUCUCCCAGCAUCCCCACAUCGGCAUCGACAACCCCACAUUCCUGCAGGACUCAAACACACCGCAGCAGCCAGCUCUCAACAUCCAGCACACACACGCACUGCUAGAGUUGGAGGAGCUGCUGCUGUCCCUGAAGCAGAUUCGGGGAUGCUUGUCCGACCAGCAGAGUCAGAGCGACAUCGAGCAUGUUCUUGCACUACUAAACAAGUCUGACUUCCAGUCAGCGCUGAAGAUCCAUAAUGCCGUGGCAACCAGCAUGCAUCGACCCUCUCCUCCGUACCCACACACACACCAGGCUCUGCAGCUGGCCAUGGAGACCAGGAGUCUCAUCGAGACGAGUCAGAACAAAGAGGGACUGGAACUACACAGCCUGCUGUCAGACACACACAUCCAGUCCUUGCUCCUGUCCCAUGACAGGAUAGCAGAGCAGGAGAUGCAACUUGAGCCGCCGCCCACCCAGGGAGAGACCCUAACCCAGUUGGGGGGGGAGACUGUGAAGAUUGUGCGCAUAGAGAAAGCUCAGGACAUCCCACUGGGGGCGACGGUGCGGAACGAGAUGGAGAGUGUGGUGAUCAGUCGGAUUGUUCGAGGUGGAGCCGCUGAACGAAGCGGACUUCUGUCAGAAGGAGAUGAAAUCCUGGAGAUUAACGGCAUCGAGAUCAGAGGGAAGGAUGUCAACCAGGUCUUUGAUAUUCUUGCGGACAUGCACGGCCUCCUGACCUUUGUGCUCAUUCCCAGCAAUCAGGGCAAACCCCCCCCUGUCAAAGAGUCCGUGGUCCAUGUGAAGGCCCAUUUCGACUACGACCCCUCAGACGACCCCUAUGUGCCGUGCAGAGAGCUGGGCCUGUCAUUCCAGAAGGGGGACAUUCUCCACAUCAUCAGCCAGUCUGACCCCAACUGGUGGCAGGCCUACAGGGACGGUGACGAGGACAACCAGCCACUAGCCGGACUCGUACCAGGGAAGAGUUUCCAGCAGCAAAGAGAAGCCAUGAAACAGACCAUAGAAGAAGAAAAGGAGCCGGAGAAGUCUGGGAAGCUGUGGUGUGCAAAGAAGAACAAGAGGAAGAGAAAGAAGCUGCUUUACAACACCCAAAAGAGUGAUGAUGUUGACAACGAGGAGAUCCUGACCUAUGAGGAGAUGGCUCUGUACCACCAGCCGGCCAAUAGGAAGCGGCCGAUCGCACUGAUUGGUCCAGGCAGUUGCGGGCAGGCGGAGCUCAGACAAAAACUGCUCAACAGCCAACCAGAGCGCUUCGCUGGAGCCGUGCCCCACACCACUCGGAGCCGGCGGGAUGGCGAGCUGGGUGGUCGAGAUUAUCACUUUGUGUCUCGUCAGACGUUUGAGGCAGAGCUGUCAGCAGGAAAGCUGAUUGAGUCUGGAGACUUUGAGAAGAACAUGUACGGGACGAGUUCUGACUCAGUGAGGCAGGUCAUCAACACUGGGAAGAUCUGUGUGCUCUGUCUGCACACACAGGCUCUAAAGGUAUUGAGGAGUUCAGACUUAAAGCCUUACAUCAUCUUCAUAGCCCCGCCCUCCCAGGAAAGACUCCGCGCCCUAUUGGCUAAAGACAACAAAAACCCAAAGCCCGAGGAGCUGCGGGACAUCAUUGAGAAGGCGCGAGAGAUGGAGCAGAGCUGCGGACAUCUGUUCGACGCCGUCAUCGUCAACGCGGACCAGGACAAAGCCUUCAACGAGCUGCUGAGACUCAUCAACAAACUGGACACUGAGCCACAGUGGGUGCCCUGCUCCUGGCUGCGCUGAGAACACACACACACACACACACACACACACACACACACACACACACACACACGUCAUAAAGUGACAAUGGAGUACACUUUGAUACAUUCAACAAACUGGAACCUUAAACGCUGUGUGGGAGUUACAUAGUGUCAUGGCCGCUGUUAAGGGAAACUAAUCUGAGAUUUUGAGAGUUUCAAUGUUAUGAGAAAACAUAUCAGUGAAACCUAUAGAGUGGUGGAGAGUCCUAAAACCUGGAAAUGAGUUAUCAUUUUAGAACUUCUUCUUGACUCAUCUCAAAGCUUUUUGAACAUGUUUUGGAUAGAUGUCUGAUUUAAGGUCUGUGGUUACCACGAGCUGAAUAUAUUUUCACGUUUUGUCCUACGACAUAAAAUACCUCAGUAAACACUCAAUUUAAAAACGGCGGUUACUAACAAGUGUCUAAAUGAGACGACUAAACGUCAUCACACCCAACAUUAGCUGCCUUUAGCUUAGCGGUGUUGAUGUGUUGAAGUCAUGUGACAGUGAUGUGGUUUUAUAGCGUAGCGUUAGCUUUUGAGUUCUGAAGAUUGCAUUUACGUGUAAAACAUUAUAAAAGUGGUGUUAAAAUGUGGAGAUUAUCCAGCUGAACUGAAAGUGUAAGUAUCCUAAACGUGUGACUGCCACAGAUCUUACUCUCUGCAAGUUUCAGAAAUCAAAUUAAAAAAAUCCCAUUGCUUUUUGUCAUGGGAACCAGUGCGCUUCCUACAAAGAUGCAAAAACGUUAUAGCCUCAGUUCUAAAUCUCCUCAUUACACACAUAAAAGCUAAUAUCUGGAAUAUUUCUUGUAAAUCUACGACUUCAUUAUAUUGCCUUAUUUCUAGCAUUUUUUUUUUGAUAAGCUUUUAUAUCAGAAUACUUACUUCUGAAAAUGUUCUGUUCAAAUCUGGUUUAUACCGUAUUGCCAAAAAAAUAAAUAAAUGAGAACUACUUUAAGCUUUCUAUCAAUAUAUGUAAGGAUUUAAAAUGUUAGGAUUUUACAUUACAUACAUAUAUUAUAUUACUAUCAAUUUCAAUUUUAAUCUCAUAACAUAAUGACUUUUAAAAAAUCUAAAUCUCAGAUUAGAGUUUGUCUUCGCAUUGACUCUAAUGACGCUAAAUAGCACACAUCCUGUAGAAUGUAUUAACCAGGCACUGAUGAUAAUACUUUAUGCUAUAUAAACCUUAUGUGUAUUCACUGUCCUUAAAGGGAGAGACCCUCACUGGGGUCUCUGUUGGUGCCUGACUGCUCCCUCAUGUUUAUGUUCAGCAGCGACAUGCACACACUCAUCUUCUAAUCAUCACACUGUAGUGAGACCAAAACAUGGACCUGGAGAAUCCUUUCUUCUUUUAUUAUUAUUUAGAGGAAUGUGGGGCCUCAUCAAAGUUGCAUUAUUUUGUCUUGUGACCAUUUCAACCAUAAGAAUUUAACAUAUUUAAACUAUAACAGUCCACUUGUUUAAACUUUUUGCAGUGCUUAGAAUAUAUGAAAUUAAAAUCAAAUCAAUCUUCUUAUUAAGGUCAAAUAAAUGAGGCCCCUGGUGAGGAAUAAAUGUGACACUAAUUGAAGUCACUGAGCCACGGCAUUCACUGCUAUGAAGAACACACACUCUGUAUGAAGCAGUGUAUUGACUCCUCUGACUGACUGACUGUUGAACAGACGGCUCUUCACGAUUUCCAAUGAACACUGAGAUAAAGGACACGGCACUUGAUAUUUUCUCUUUCACCUGUUUCUGACUGACUGUCCCGUCUGAUCACAUUAAGUAGAGAUGACCUCUGACCCUGAGCUGCUGGGUAAAGAAACCGUGAACGUUUUAGUCUUUAGCUGGCACAUGAUGCUGAAUUUAUUCUAUAUUUUGUGUGUGCGUGUGAACGAAUGUGUGUCUCAAAUAUGAUGGCCUGACAAAGUAUCACUGUUAUCACUGGGUAGAGCAUUUAUAUAUUUGUUAUAUUGAAGAUAGGUUUAUGAAGUCCAGAAUGCACCAAUAGGAUCGCAGGUUCCACCUUUCGCCAUUCGUUAAGGAGGAAGAAGGGGCGGGGCUUCACUGUAUUGAAUGUAAAGUUAAUGGACACCACUUCCUGUUAUCAGAAAUCCCUUCUGAUUAAAUCUGUAUGAAUAUUCACAAUGAAUAAAUAAAUAGAUGAUUGAUGAAAAAUGA